GUAAGAACUUCCAAGUCCAUUUUAUAUAUUCUGCUUGAAAAUAUUCCUAUGUCCCAUGCUUUACCUACUGCAAAUUUUUUAAUUCCUCCCUGGAUGUCUUUAGCCAUUGAAUUCUCUCACGCAGCAGGCCAGAAGCUCGUAAGCAAAAUAUCGUACAAGUUGACGAUAAUAUAAAAGGACAUAAUCUGGCAACUGAGACGGUGCAAACCAGAGGCCUGCAAAUCGACGGUGACUACAGUAGAAAUGAGACGCACAUGAGUUGCCUUUGUUUUGCGGCCUAUGCAACUACAAAGAUCCAGAAUUUGUGUUUUGAGAGGUGCGUGUAAAUGCUUGCAUUAAACACACUUCGACCAUAUAUUCUCUCUUCCUUCCACGUUGCUUUGCGCUCCUAUAGAACCCCUUUUCUUUCUUGUCGAUUGCCCAUUCACACGUUAACUUCAUCUUCAGUUUCAGCCAUGGACAAUACUCCUGAAUAUACUCAGGACUCGUACGAUUUCGGGCCUUACAAGAUAGAUAAGAGCGAGGUCUUCUACACAACCGAGCUGUCCUUUGCUCUGGUCAACCUCAGGCCCGUUGUACCUGGACAUGUCCUAGUGUGCCCGAAAAGAAUGGUGAAGAGAUUUACAGAUCUGACUAAGGAAGAAACGACUGAUCUGUGGCUUUCAGCACAACAUAUAGGUAGCAAGAUUGAGUCUCACUUCCAAGCUUCUUCACUUACAUUUACAAUCCAGGAUGGUCCUCAAUCAGGUCAGACAGUUCCUCAUGUUCACAUUCAUAUUCUUCCGAGGAAGGUUGGUGACUUUGAGAAAAGUGAUGAAGUUUAUGACGUGAUUGAUGAGAAAGAGGUAAAAUUGAAAGAGAAGCUUGAUUUGGACAAAGAAAGGAAAGACCGCUCUAGAGAUGAAAUGGUUGAAGAAGGAAAUGAACUCCGAGCACUUUUCUGUGUUUGAUAUUAGUCUGUCAACAAUUUUAUUCUGACAUAAUGCUACUCUCUAAGUUGGCACUUGGUUCUAGAUUCUGUUUUGGGAAUGCACUUUAAGAAAUAUUAUGAGGUUAUGGUGUUGGAAAUAACUAUCAGGCUUUGGAAGAGUACGAUUUUAUUUGCAAAAUAAGCAUUAUUCUGGGGGUUUCAUUUAAAAGGAUACAUAUUUUCAAAGGUCACUGAAAUUUCCAAAGAAAGAAAGUUAAAAUUAAGUCUGAUUUCUACAUUUAAGCUUUGAUAUUUUGAUUUCUAGGUAACUUUCUAGGAAAAUAAGUUCUUCAUUUGUGAGAUGAAGUUACAAAUAUUUUUCUGUAAAUCUAACUGGGCAAUAAAUGAUAAGCAGUUCAUUAUUUGAGGAUGGCA